GCCAAUUGCCAAAGAAAAAAUUGUAGUUGAGAGAGAGAGCGCAACAGAGAGAAAAAGGCUAUGGUGCGGAAGAGUAACAGCAGCGACGACGACGACGACACCUUCUACCACCGCUACCCUUCUUCCUCUUCUUCUUAUACAAAUCCCACGGCCACCACCCCCUCGAAACGUCACAAUAACAAACCCAAAGGCGGUGGCUCCGGCGGCCUCGCCCCCUCCAAGUCGACUGUCUACGUAUCGAACCUCGACUACUCCCUCACCAACUCCGACCUCCACCAGCUCUUCUCCAACUUUGGCAAAGUCGCGCGCGUGACCGUUCUCAAGGACCGCGCAACCCGCCUCAGCCGCGGCGUCGCCUUUAUCCAAUUCGUCUCCCCGGGAGACGCGGUCUCCGCGGAGCGUCAGAUGCAAGGGAAGAUCCUCAAUGGGAGGACCAUCUCGGCUUCCAUCGCGGCCGACAACGGCCGAGCCCCGGAAUUCAUCAGGAAGCGGGUAUACAAGGAUAAGUCCCGCUGCUACGAGUGCGGCGAUCUGGGCCACCUCUCCUACGAGUGCCCUAAGAACCAGCUGGGCCCCAGGGAGCGCCCCAUUCCCAAAAGAUCUCGUGGCGGCGGGGCACAGAAGGAGGAGGAGGAAGAAGAGGAAACGGGUUUUGACAAUGGUGGGGACGAUGAGGAGCGAUUUGACGAUGAUAAUUGGGCGUCGGUAGUGGACGAUGGUGCCGGCCAGAGGUUAUUGACGGGGGAAGAGCGCGAGGGGUUGGCUAGGGAUAAGAAGAAGAAGAAGGCCAAGAAAGCUAGCUAUUUUAGCGACGAGAGCGAUCAUGAGGAUGAUUGAAACACUGGGUUUGAGCUCCUGCAAUUGGAUCAUGUAUGCAUGUAUGAACGUGAUAUGAAUUUUCUGGGUUCUACUUAAAAAAAAAUGAAAUUUCUGGGUUCUAUUGAGGAGCUAA